UAUUCUCAGCCACGAGCACAAUCUUACUGUUGAUUGUAAACAGCAACUUGAUAAAAUAGAAACCGAAAAGAAUUCAAGGGAUGUUGUAUUGAAAUUUUACUACGUGCUAAAAAGAAGUAAAAAUGUCAGCAUCAUGAUGGAUAAUUAUAAACUAAUGUGGAUCGUACUUUUUGGAGCCCAGAUGACACUCUAUACUGGUGCAUUUGAUGAGGUGAAAUGCAAGGUGAACCAAAAAUGUCCAACGAUAAAAUCCGACUGCGAAAAAGAUAGUUAUGGCUGCUGUGCUGUUUGUGCUUUAGGAGAAAAUGAGCCGUGUGGGUCCCAAUUUCCAGCAAGAUGCGGCGAAGGUUUGAUAUGCAGCCUUUCCGAUAAGGAUCUGAUCUUUGAUGACAUUGUUAUUCCCAUGGAAACAGCCUGCCCGAUGUUUGGUUGUUCGUGCAAAAAAGAUAUCAAAUAAAUGGACACAAUAAUUGUGGGGAUUACUUAUAAAGAACUGACUGGAUAGUUUAAAUAGUUUGUUCUGUAUAUUAUGUAAAUUUAUUUGGAGUGUAUUGCAAGAGUCUCCUAAAAAUAACGUUGAAUACAUUUACAGAUGGACUCAAAAUAA